UGAACUGUUAACAGAACAGAUGCAGGCCUAUGGUGGCCUGUUAAUGGCAACAGGCCUAUCCUAUGCAGGCCUCUUCUUCAGUGCCCAAGAUACUACUAGAUGUUUCUAUUUCAGUUUCACACAACAAAACAGAAGUAAAGAGAAGUUAAGUUGUUAUAUUGUUAUGUUUAUCACUGUACUGUAGCUUGCUAAGUUGCUAAAGAUUUAUUUCAUUAAUCUCAAAUUAAAAUUACUUCUCCAAAAGCCCGUCCCUGGAAAUUUCCAAGAUGUCAUGUUCAGGAAAACCAUCAUGCAAAAUUGGACCAUCAAUAUUAAAUGCAGACUUAUCUGAUUUGCACAGUGCCUGUGUAAAGAUGAUGGACAGUGGAGCAGACUACCUCCACCUUGAUGUGAUGGACGGACAUUUUGUACCAAACUUGACAUUCGGCCACCCUGUUGUCAAGUGCCUCAAGCCAAAGCUGCCAGAUGUUUUCUUUGACAUGCACAUGAUGGUUGCCAACCCUGAGAAGUGGGUUUCUGAGAUGGCAGAUGCUGGGGCCUCACAAUACACCUUCCAUUUAGAAGCGAGUGAAGAUGUUCCCAAACUCAUCAGGCAGAUUAAGGAAGCUGGUAUGAAGGUAGGUAUUGGUCUGAAGCCCGGCACUGCCGUGGAGGCUGUACUUCCCUACGUGGAGGCGGCUGACAUGAUCCUCAUUAUGACGGUGGAGCCAGGUUUUGGCGGCCAGAAGUUCAUGGCAGACAUGAUGCCCAAAGUGCAGGUGCUGCGAUCAAGGUUCCCAGAGUUAGACAUCGAGGUGGAUGGCGGGGUAGGCCCUGACACCAUACAGCUCUGCGCCGAGGCCGGGGCGAACAUGAUCGUGUCGGGCAGCGCCGUGGUCAAGGCAGCAGACCCCAAGGCAGUCAUCACCAACAUGAGGCACGUCGUCGACAGCGCUCUGUAAGAUACCGUGCGCCCCUCGUAGGUAACGACGCCCUCCAAGGAGCCCUUUGUAGUUUACGACGCCUUUGAAGACGUCGAUUUACUUGCCAGCGCCUUCAGAGUAUUCGUCGAUAUUCACGCCUUCACGUCGACGAAUUCACGUCGAUAUUCACGCCUUCAGAACGUGUGGCGUGGAUAUUGCUGCGGCUGGAUAGCCUCGUGCGAUAAGCGUGUGGCUCAGGCAAUAUUGAGAUCAGCUCUUAUUAGUAGUUUUCAUCUAAGAAUUUUUGAGCAUUCCAGUAAUAUAGAAUUGACAGUAUUGGUACAAACUAGCCCUGGCAAUGUGUUAUUCUUGCCGUAAGUUCUGCCUAUUUAUUUAAUCCUAUUGUUAUUUAUUAUUUACAAGUUCCUUCUCACAUCAAACGUGUUAAAUCGGCCUGUCAUAUAGCCGUGUGCUUGAUUUCAAUAUUCUGUGUUAUUAAUUGCUAAUAAAAUUUUUGUAAAACGCUAGCAGCAUGAAAAAAGCAAGCCAUAACAAUGUUGCUAUCAAGUAUUCUUGGUCAAGUUCCUCAUGGGAGUUGAGGCAAACUUCAAGUUCAUAUGAAUUUAAUUAGGACAAAGAAUUGUUUUCUCUGCCCGGCUUGGUGUAUAUUACGUACUCGAGAAAGACGAGACAUAGGUAGAUAACACGUGAGGCAUUCUUACUCAGAGCCUCGCAUUCUUACUGUUCAUCUCCACCACUCUUAAGUUGCAUAAAUAUUCCUUUAUCUCAUUUCAUAUUCACAAUUAUUCAUAUUCCAUCGGAUGCGUCUUCUACACUAGCAUCGCUAUCACAUCUUUGUCUCCUUUAUUACACAAGUAUUCCAGGCUAGUCUCAUUUCAAUGUAUGGAUUAAUUUUCAGACCAAAUCAUUGCUCUCCCAUUGGAUGACUUGAUCAAUUCCAAUGUAAUCGCAGUAAGGUAUAAUUAUAUUGCAAGGGAAGUAAGGUGAUAGUUGUGUUGACUACUCACGUGCUCACGGCAGUAUAGUUCAUAGAAAUGAAGCUCCCAGUUCAGUGCUACGCCUUGUGAACUUCUAUGAAGGAUUGAGGUCGUGUAAACAAGGCUUUUUAUUAAUCGUAACCUAUUGCACAGAUCUAGCUCGAUUUGUAGUGAUAUAACGAAUUAUUAUAGAACUUGAUUUAUGUUCUUUGAUAGGCUUGUUGUGUCGGGAUUUUAUUUAUAAACUGAUGAAGCGUAAUUAUUUUCUGUAAUAAAAUGGUA